UUGACAGCCAAGAUGUCAUUCAAAGCAUUGUUCGUGACGCUCCUGGCGUUCGUGUCCGUGGUGGCCGCGGCGGGCCCAAAGAUCACUCACCAAGUGUAUUUUGACAUCUCCAUCGGAGGCCACAAUGCCGGACGUAUCGUCAUGGGCUUGUACGGGAAGUCUGUCCCGAAGACGGUGGAAAACUUCCGAGCGUUGUGCACGGGCGAGAAGGGCCUCGGCAAGACCGGCAAGGCGUUGUGGUACAAGGACAGCACGUUCCAUCGCAUCAUCCCGGACUUCAUGAUCCAAGGCGGUGACUUUACCCACGGCACCGGCACCGGCGGCGAAUCCAUCUACGGCGAAAAGUUUGAAGAUGAAAACUUCAAGCUCAAGCACGAAGGCCCAGGCACGUUGUCCAUGGCCAACGCCGGCCCGAACACGAACGGUUCGCAAUUCUUCAUCUGCACCGUCAAGACGUCGUGGUUGGAUGGUCGUCACGUUGUAUUUGGUCGCGUGAUCAGCGGGUUGGACGUGGUCAAGGCCGUGGAAUCGGUCGGCGCGGGCUCGGGCACGCCGUCCCAGACGGUGACGAUCAAGGCGUCCGGUGAAUUGGCCGAAGACGAAUUCGUCACGGUUGAAUAAUCGCAUACUAGUCAACAUGAACAGUCGUCUCUUA